AUGAGAGCUGCCGCGACCUCUCGCGUACCCAGCACGACUCUUGCUCGAGACCGUACACACCCAAGGGGCACCGUCGCUGCGUGGGAUCCCAUUUCUAGCUCGGCUCCCUAUUCCUCGGCGCCUCCCGAAGCUACUGUUGCACCGUCUAAUCGCCUACCACGCAGCCCCUCUGUUAUUAGCAUUGGGGACUCGUCUGCUUCCAGCGAUGGCGACCUACCAGCCAUUGACAACUUCGACCUAUCACAAGGUCGCUCCUCAUACCACGAUUAUCUAUCGACCACAGCUCAGAAGAAAGCCAGGUCGGCAAACAAUUCCAAGCGCAAGGCUUCCGCUCCUAAGCAGAGCAAACCGCGACAGACCAUUGACCCGGGUCAACGCGCUGCGGCCAAGGCUCUUGAGAAGGAGCAGAAACGUCAACAACGAGAAAGAGAAAAGGAAGAACGGCAGCGGCAGAGAGAUGUUGCUGCUGCCAUUGUGGAGGUGAACAAGGCCAAGGGAAACAGAAAGGUUUCUUCGAAAGAAAUGAUUAUAGACAUUCCGCUGUCUCUUCAGCCGGCAGUCAAGGUGCAGCUGGAAACGUUGCUCGAUGGAUUGGAAAUACAGCACCGAGAUCAUGACAGUCCUGUCCACAAUGUGAUCAAGUGGCGUCGCAAAGUCAACAGCAAAUUUGACGACGAAUCGGGACAAUGGGUUCCCAUGCCGCUGCGCAUCGAAAAUGAGGAGCAUGCGCUGGUGUUCAUGACUGCAGAGGACAUGGUGCAGCUAGCCGUGGACGAUGGCCUUGCCGACCACAUGACCUCAGUCCGAAGCCACUAUCCAAAGGAAAAGCUCAUAUACGUCCUACAAGGCGUAACUGCUUGGACGAGGAAGAAUCGUAACAUACGCAAUCGGCAGUUUGCCGCUGGCGUUCGGUCACAAAGCGAAAGCCAGGUCACAACCGGACGCCGACGAGCUGAGCAAGCGGAGUACAUUGACGAAGACAUGGUCGAAGACGCCAUGCUUCGGCUGCAGGUCGAGCACGACGUCCUCAUUCACCACACUGCCAUCCCACUCGAAACGGCGCAGUGGAUUUCCAUCUUUACGCAAAACAUCUCUACCAUUCCCUACAAGAAGCAAAAGGACGAGGACACGGCCGGCGCACGCUUCUGCAUGGACAGCGGGCAGGUCAGGACAGGCGAGAACACGCAGGACACCUACGUGCGCAUGCUACAGGAAAUCUUCCGCGUGACGGCCCCCAUUGCCUACGGCGUGGCGUCAGAGUUUGAAACCGUCACGAAGCUGGUCGAGGGGCUAGAGACCAAAGGGCCGACCGCGCUGGAGCAGGUGCGCAAGAGCGCCAACAAGGACGGCGCGUUCUCGGACCGGGCAAUCGGCCAGGCCGUGAGCAGGCGCCUCUACAAGAUUUUUACGGGCACAGACGAGACCAGCACAGAUGUAUAG